AUGCAGGUGGACAGAUCUCAGCGUUCCGUCUUCGUGGGAAACAUCUCCUAUGAAGUUCCAGAAGACACAAUUCGUCAAAUCUUUUCGAAAGUAGGUCACGUUGUCCACAUUAAAAUGGUUCACGACCGUGAAACAGGUAAACCGAAGGGUUACGGUUUUAUUGAAUUUCUCGAUGUGCAGACGGCGGAACUGGCUAUCAGAAACCUGAAUGGGUAUGAAGUGAACGGACGACAACUUCGGGUGGAUAGUGCGGCAGGGGGAGAUCGGAGCGUUGAUGAGAUUCAGCAGUUGCAAGCUGCUCUGAGUGCUGCUCAGGCUAUCUCUAGAACUGUGGCCUCUCUUCCUCCAGAGAAAAUGUUCGAGUUAAUGAAGCAAAUGAAGGACGUGGUUCGUUCAAAUCCCAGCGAAGCGAAGCAAAUGCUAAUUCAGAAUCCUCAACUUGCCUAUGCGCUUCUACAGGCUCAGGUUGUUAUGCGUAUUGUAGAUCCCCAAGUAGCCAUUGCAAUGCUUCAUCGAGAACCUGCUGCUUCAACUGUUCCUUUUCAUCAGGUUUCUUUUCCAGCGCAGCCCACUUCAUCAGUAGCUCCAGUUCCACAACCUGGCUACGGUGUACCUCAGCAGAUGUAUGGACGACCUCCUACUUCGCAACCGCAACCUCCACCACAGCCUGAUAUUACUCCCGACGAGCAACACAAUGCGGAGCUGCUAGUGCAAGUAAUGCGACUCACUGAAGCAGAAAUUGCGAUGUUGCCACCUGGCGAUAGAGAAAAAGUCAUUGAGUUGCGUAAUCAGCUGCGCCAAAGUGUAUAA